CGGGCGGAGGAGCCCCAUGAUGGCGGCCUCUAUUUCGGGCUACACCUUCAGCGCCGUCUGCUACCACAGCGCCAACAGCGACGCCGACCACGAAGGAUUCUUGCUGGGAGAGGUGAGGCAAGAGGAGACGUUCAGCAUUAGCGAUUCACAAAUCAGCAACACAGAAUUUCUGCAAGUAAUAGAAAUCCACAACCACGAGCCCUGUUCGAGACUCUUCAGCUUCUACGACUAUGCGGGCAAGGUUAAUGAAGAGAGUCUGGACAGGAUCCUCAAAGAUCGAAGAAAGAGCGUGAUCGGCUGGUACCGAUUUAGGCGAAACACCCAGCAGCAGAUGUCCUAUCGAGAACAGAUCGUGCAUCGCCAGCUGACCCACCUUCUGGGCGUGCCCGACCUGGUCUUCCUGCUCUUCAGCUUCAUCUCCACAGUCAACAACUCCACCCACGCCCUGGAGCACGUGCUCUUCAGGCCCAACCGCAGGUAUAAUCAAAGGGUGUCGCUUGCUAUCCCCAAUCUAGGCAACACUAGUCAGCAGGAGUACAAAGCUUCCUCAGUGCCAAACACUUCUCAAAGCUAUGCCAAAGUCAUUAAAGAGCACGGUACUGAUUUUUUUGAUAAAGAUGGAGUGAUGAAGGACAUCAGGGCUAUUUAUCAGGUUUAUAAUGCACUUCAGGAGAAAGUUCAGGCGGUCUGUGUAGAGGUAGAAAAAAGCGAGCGGGUCGUGGAAUCCUUUCAGUCAGACGUAAACAAAUUAAAAAGGCGAAUCGUUCAGAGGAAAAGCGAGAAGGAGCAAGAAAUGAGAUUGCAGCGAGCCACGCUCACCCGCCUGGCGGCGGCGGCGGAGCCCCCGGGGCCCGCCUUCAGGCGUUGUCCGACGGCGGACAGCCCGGGGCCCACCUUCAGGCGCCCGGCGGCCCCGUUUUCCGGGUUCGCGGGGGACGGCGGCGCCAGGGGCGACGCCGACGCUCCCGGGCCUCCUCCUCCUCCGCCUCCUCUUCCUCCUCCUCCGCCGCCGCCACCACCGUAUCCAGAUUUCCACCUGACCGGUCCGGAGGGCCUGCUGAGCGCUUCCCUCCUGGAGAGCAACGUGUUUAUGCCUCGCCCCCAGGCCGUGGGCUCCUCCAACUACGGCUCGACGGGAGCGGGCACCCGGCCCGCCGGAGACGCGCCCGCCCCGCCGACGGCCGAAUGCCAAGACAGUGACUCUGAGACCUCGCUCCGGCGCCCGGAGUCCUCCGGCGGCGAGUCCUCCCGGGCCAAGGAGCCCCGGGCGGGAUCGCGUUCCGACAGGGACCCCGGGGGCCCGUCGAGAACCCAGGUUUAGGGCCGCCCGCGGGACUCUCAGCCCGGACCCGGCGCCGGGACGGCGACGGUGUCCUUGAGGCGCGGACCUGGACGGGUGUUUCCCAGAGAGACUCCGAGAGGACGGUCGUCGUGCACGGACACCGGAGAGGGCUGGCGCCGGACGGCCCGUUCCCACUCAGAGACGCGCUUCGCAGGCCUCACGGUGGGAUCCUUCGGAUAAUCAAGUUAUACUCACUCAUCCUGAAGAAGUUCACGGGUGGACGGGGAGAUGAAGUCCAGAUGAAGCGUAGAAAGAACCUGAUGAUGGUUUUUCCACCCUGUUUAAGACAAAUUGGAAUCCCGAGACUAAAGCACAAUUAGUCUGUAAACGUUCUCCGAGAUCAAAACUUUACCUCUUGCACUAUCAUGCCUUGAAGUUUCAUUUCCGGAAGAGAGGCGGGUUAGCGACAGCCUCGAAAGAAACGUUCUGCGGUGAAGCCAAAGUCACCUCUGCUAGAAAAGAGUCGGGGUCAUUCCAAGGGACGCCGACUGGAACGAAUCCUGCCCGCUCCUCCCGACCACCGCAUGACCUUCGGACACCGAGAGCGAAGGGCCUCGUCUCGACCUCUGUCCUCGCGUAACACGUGUAUCGCUUCAAACGGUCGCCUUUUUCCGCAGCAGUCCUCGUUUCCGGUCCGUCGUCAUCCUCGCAGAUGCCCAGCUGCCACCGAGCUCGAGGCGGGCCGUUGGGGAGCGGGUUUCGGUCGCCCAGCCCCGAGAGCACCCUCGGCCGCCGCAGACCCCCUCCGCGGGCGAUCGGCCGGAGACCGCGCGGGGGAUAUUCGGAGGGAGGCCUUCCGGACGAGAAGGAAGUCCGUGUCGGGAU